ACGAAGGGAGUAAUUUGAAAAGGUUUAAUAACGACCGAAGGAUGGGAUGGUGUAGAAAGAGAAAUGAAUAAGCUAUACGGGGACAAGUUAGAUAAGACUAAAAUGAAAAAUAGGAUGAGGACAUUGAAGAAAACAUAUGCUACUAUGAAGAGAAUGAUACAACAUAGUGGAUUUGGGUGGAAUGAGGAAACUCGAAAAGUUGAUGCUGAAGAUGAUGUCUGGGAGCAAACAUUUGCAGCUCACCCAAAAGAUGCUCAAUAUAGAACGAAGAAGCUGCCAGAUUAUAGUACUUUGGCUUUGAUUUUUGGAGAUACCGUUCCGAUGGUAGGAAUGGGUGUGAAAUUAAUGAUCUCGAGGAUUUUCAAAAUGAGUUUUCCGAUGAUGAUAUAG